AUGACGGACAAGAAGAUUGAAGACCCCGAGGCUCGAUUGCCCCAGUCAGGCUUCCGGAAUGGUUUCGUUGAUGAGAAAGAAGGUUUCCUCUCGACCCGGCACAGUCGGCAGCCGCCCAGCCUCGCCAUGUCCAAGAUCAGCAAUAGCCCUGGCCUUUCAAUCUUGGCGUACUGUCUGUCGUCUAUCAGUAUGACCGUUGUCAACAAAUACGUCGUGUCUGGCGAUGCAUGGAAUUUGAAUCUCUUCUAUCUGGCUAUACAGGCUAUCGUCUGCACAGGGACAAUCACGGUCUGCAAAAAUGUCGGUCUCAUUAGGGACUUGGCCCCUUUCGAUAAGGAUAAAGCGAGGAAAUGGUUUCCUAUUUCCGUCCUGCUCGUCGGAAUGAUCUACACGGGCACCAAGGCGCUGCAAUAUCUCUCGGUCCCCGUCUACACCAUUUUUAAGAACCUCACCAUCAUCGUCAUCGCCUACGGAGAAGUGCUGUGGUUCGGAGGCAGUGUCAGCCCCCUCGCCCUGCUUUCGUUCGGCCUUAUGGUCCUUAGCUCGGUCGUCGCGGCGUGGGCAGAUAUCCAGAGCGCGCUCAGCGGCAACCCGCUGACAGGGGACGCCGUCAGCGCGAUGUCAACCUUGAAUGCCGGCUACGCUUGGAUGGGUCUCAACGUGUUCUGCUCCGCCUCGUAUGUACUGGCGAUGAAGAAGGUUAUCAAGAAGAUGAACUUUAAAGACUGGGACACCAUGUACUACAACAACCUACUCACCAUUCCUGUCCUGAUCGUCUUAUCUCUGAUCGCCGAAGACUGGUCCCGACCCAAUCUGGCGCGCAAUUUCCCCGUGGAGACUAGGAACAGUCUUUUCAUCGGCAUGGUCUACUCCGGGUUUGCAGCAAUCUUCAUCUCUUACUGCUCUGCCUGGUGCAUCCGAGUUACCUCAUCGACGACCUAUUCAAUGGUGGGAGCUCUUAACAAGCUUCCAAUUGCGAUUAGCGGGCUCAUUUUCUUCUCCGCUCCUAUCACUGUUGGUAGUGUCUCGGCCAUCUUCCUCGGCUUCGUCAGCGGAAUCGUAUACUCGUGGGCGAGGAUUCGGCAGUCCGAGAUGGCGAAGAUGUCUCUACCAACGAAGCAGCCUGCUAUGAGUGCAAGCUCCCUGAGUAAUCGGGACGCUGCUAACUCCGACCAAGAAUGGGGUCCCUUGACCACGGUUUUUGAGCGCCUAGCCCCAACUGUGGGUGCUUCGCCGGACGAGCUAAAGCUUGUCGCCUCCUUCCUCCUAUCUUACCCUCUGGCGGCGGUCUUGAAGAGAAUUCCAGAGAGCAAGCCCGGGCUGAAGAAUCUUUUUAUCGUUGCGACCUCAAUAUUCUACCUUAUUGGCCUGUUUGAUUUCUGGGAUGGCCUACGAACCUUCGGAAUCAGUGCGGGUGGUACUUACCUUUUGGCAAGUGGUUUCCGCACUAGCCCUUGGAUGCCAUGGGCAGGGUUCAUUUUCGUUAUGGGCCAUAUGGCCAGCAACCACCUCGCUCAUCAGUUUGUGACCAAGCCGUCGGCAAUUGAUAUAACCGGCGCCCAAAUGGUCUUAGUGAUGAAGUUGAGUGCUUUCUGCUGGAAUGUGGCUGAUGGUCAGCUUCCGCCCGAGCAAUUGUCAGCGUUCCAAAGGGACAGGAUGCUACCAGAGCUCCCCGGCCUUCUAGACUUUGCCGGGUAUGUGUUAUUCUUUCCUUCGCUCUUCGCGGGGCCUUCAUUUGACUACGCAGAGUACCGCCGGUGGAUCGAUACGACCAUGUUCCAGGUCCCAACUCAGGUGGAGCCUUCAAAACGUCCGCCGGUUAGGAAAAAGCGGAAGAUCCCUCGCAGUGGCGCCCCGGCUGCGGGGAAAGCUGCUACAGGCCUGCUCUGGAUAGGGUCGUUCAUCUAUCUUUCCAAGUGGUAUCAGCCAGGCGUCCUCCUUACGCCCGCCUUCAUGACUCAUAGCUUCAUUGGCCGAGUCGUGUUUCUCUACAUGGUCGGACUUACAGCCCGACUCAAAUACUACGGCGUCUGGACCUUGACUGAGGGUGCAUGUAUCCUAACGGGGCUUGGCUAUAACGGCGUGGACCCGUCCACGGGGAGGGUGUCGUGGGAUCGCCUCAAGAAUAUAGAUCCUUGGGGCGUGGAAACGGCACAGAAUGCCAGAGGUUACCUUGCGUGUUGGAAUAUCAACACAAGCAAUUGGCUACGGAACUAUGUUUACCUGCGUGUCACCCCCCGCGGAAAGAAGCCUGGUUUCCGGGCGAGCCUCAUUACAUUCGGCACUAGCGCUCUUUGGCAUGGUUUCCACCCAGGUUACUACCUAACAUUCGUAUUUGCCAGUUUCGUGCAAACCGUCUCGAAGAACUACCGCCGUUACGUGCGACCGUUCUUCUUGGACCCGGUGACGGGAUUGCCGCUGCCUAGGAAGAGGUACUACGACAUUUUGUCACUUGUUGUCACUCAACUUACAUUCUCAUUCGCCACGGCACCAUUCCUGGUCCUAUCAUUCUCCGGCUCGCUCCAGGUGUGGUCUCGCAUGUACUUCUACCCCGUACUGGGCAUCGCUCUCUCCAUGGCUUUCUUUGCCUCCCCUGCGAAGCAGAUCCUGAAACAGAAACUGGAUCAGAGACAAGCGGUGGCAGGAGUGAAGAUGGUCCGUUCCGCUAGCCAAGAGAGCCUGGCCUCAAGAGAGCCAGUCCUGGGGCUUUCAUCGGAUCCGCAACGCGAUCUCUCCGAGAUUGUGGAAGAGAUCAAGGCGGAUAUUCAGAAGAGAUCCUGA